GACGGCGGCCCCGCCCCGCCUGCGACUCCGCACCCGCCCGCCCGCUCGGAGCGCGCUGCCGGCCCCGCUGCCCGCGCUGCUGCCAUGAGGCUGUUCGCCGGCGCGCUGCGGGUGGCAGCGCUGCUGCUGCUCGCCGCCUGCUCCUUUGGACAGGAUUCUGAAAGUACCGACGACUCCAGAAGUACUGACCCCUGUCAGGUGAAGCUAAACAAUAAUGUGCAAGGAACUAAUUGUUCAUCCAGUCCCACUGUUGCCUCAACCACACAAUCUACAGCAACAUCUAUAUCAGGUGCCCUCACAACAGCCACUCAGCCCACCAACGGCACUACAUCUGUCCCCACUAAUACUCAGUCUGUCAAAACCAGCAAGACCAUAGUAUCAACCACAGUUUCACCAGUCACAUCUUCACAACUCAACAUUACAAUGACCACUUCCAGAUUUUCUUCUGCUUCUGUAACAGCUGCACCAAAAUCUGAGGCUGUCAUAGCCAAAACUUCCGGAUUUCAUGUGGGCAGUUUCAUAGGUGGCAUUGGGCUGACACUUGGAAUCCUACUUCUCCUCUACCUUGGAUGCAAAACAUAUCGCUCUAGAACAGGCAUUCAGUACAGAACCAUUGAUGAACAUGAUGCCAUCAUUUAAAGAGACUUCAGGGAAGACAGUGGUGGAAACCCAACCUAUCACAGCUGUUGCAACUUAUGCAAAGAGUUCCUUUUACAAAGAUGAUCACAGUCUGUAAAGCUGUCCGUGGGUGUGAUCUUGCAAAAUGAUGAGAAUCUCUUAAGCAUUCCUGAUUUGUUGCAUUGGUUUUGAUAAGAGCAGGAGGAACUCAGCAUUUUGUAGAAAUAGGGUUUUUUUCCCAGUAUUUGUAAUCAAAUUUAAAGAAACACACACACUGUAUCAUUUAAAGAUACACGGACUUGUGUGAGAUACCAAAUCACACAAUGCAGAAUGGAUAGCAGAAUGGAUAACAUAAGCUCAAUUACAGAACACACUGGAUUUAUGGGAAUAUGUGAGCAAAAAUUAGUAUGGUAUGCUAAAUAAUUUAGAGUCCCAUUUAAGACCAGGCGUAGGUGUUUGCAAGUAAAACACAAGAGUUUCUUUUCCUACUCUUUUGUAUUAAAUUUUAUUUUAAGUUUGAUGUUAACUUUAAGAAAUUUUGGAUCUCAAUUAAGUUCAUUUUUAAGCAGUAGAGGGACAUGGUUUGCCAACUGUAUAGAAGAUGAUAAUGAUCACCUGUAUUUAAAACUUCAGUCAGUAGCUCACUGAUCUGCAGAGACCUUCCUUAACAUUGUACACAAUGAAACUAGCUGCAGGAACCCUGGACAGAUUGGAGAUAUCCAUCCACAAAAGAAUCUUUUUCUCUGAAUGGUCUUGAUAGGAAAACAGACUAUAUGCAAUCCUUAGCUUCUUUUAUAUAGCAUGUCCUGUUGUUACGUUCAAGAUAAAAUCAAAAGGGAAAAAGUAGUAAUUGCAUCCAUCAUGAGUAUGGAGAGUUCUGCUAAAAAUAGCUCUAAGUUGAAUGUAGCCAUCACUUCACUACUGUUAUUACGAGGAAGCUGUAUUCAGUGUUUUAGCAUUUGUUUAAGCAUUGAAAGUUACAUAGGGAAACAGAAAAUCUGUAGGAUAUCAUUUUAAAAUAAUAUAGUUGCCUGCAUUUUUACAACUAUUUUCAGAACCUGAUACUGCUGCACACAUGUACACAGGCCUGGUCAAAAGCCCACUGAAGGCAGCAGUGGCUCCCAAGGGCUUUUGGAGUAAGUCCUAAGUACACUGGGAGACAGCUGUACUGUUGCUGUACAGCUGUAUGCAAGACAGCUGCUGCUGCUGCCUUGCUACACUUGCAUUUUCGCUGGGGUAAACCUACUGACUUCAGUACAUGGUCUCCUGAACACCGGUGUAAAGAAAAUUGGAAUGAGGCUGAAAAAACUGCAGAUCUGAAUCUCCUUUAAAUCAGUGAGUAAUUGUUUAGUCCUACUCCGUUUCCCUUUGUAGACAUCUCUCAGGUGAAGAACGCUGGUGCGGUGGAACUUUGCCCUCCUGGUUACUGCUGGCACCAGUCCGUCAUCCAGUACACAAGAGGGAGGUGGUGACAGCUGGUGAAGGUCAGGAAGAGAACUGAGCAUGCAGGGCUGGCAGCAGUCUGGGGUGCAAUGCAUCAGGGAAAAUAAAUACAGCUGUGGCACUGAUUACUUUUUUGUUAAGCAACAGUUUAUUCUUUUUAAGAUUUGCACUUUCAUGGACCUUUAAAAUUGCUAUGUGGUUUGGUUUUGGGUUUUUUUUUGCUUUUUUUGUAUAGAGUAAUAAAACCUUUCUGUUAGAGGCACAGCAAAUUCCAGCAAACCCUGGUUAAUCUGAGCUCCUGGUUUAUCCAGUAGCACCAACAGCUCAGGCAAAACUGGGGUUGCAUGACUACUUUUUGUUUUGUUCUUUUUAAUAAGAUUGAGGUAUGGGGUGGGGGGUGAUUUGAAGCAAAUAGUGUGUGUGUGGUUUUUUUCUUUAGUUUCACUGUUUGGGGAGAAACUGCUGUUUUUUAAUUUGAACAGUUUGGAGAUAAUUGUUCCAUAGAACUGCAGUUCCUUACUUUCUUUGUAGAAAUUAAGUGCAACUGAGUCAGGUUGCUGGGACUGUCUCACCUCUAUUGUACAGAUAAAUAAAAUUAUGUUUUUGCAGUUACUAUA